GUCAGCCGACUGUGUGGUAUCGUGCGAUAUCAGUCGACAUAGAAUGUCUAUAUUAUGAACUGAAGCAAGCAAGACAAGCCUGCAUAAAGUUCUUUCCAUGAACCGAUGAGUAUACACAUCUGUGAUAACAAGGAAUGAAGGCUGAACUGUGAUAUAUCAGAUUACUCUGUAUUUAAACCAAGAUCUUCAACAUUCGAAGUGGAAACUGUCUGUGAUAGAAUAUCAACAAUGGCUGUUUCAACAAUGCUAAUGAGAGGGUCAGUGCUGUUUUUUGUCGGCAUGUUCUUUGCACUGGUGCUGAACUUCCUACAGAUCCAGAGCGAGUCUUCGUUGGAACUUCACUCCUUUCCUGACGAAGUUUUACAGCUGUUUGCCUCAGCUUGGUGGGUGCCGUUAGGAUGUGGACUAGCAGCAGCGUUUAUUGGCCUGGUGUACCCACUACUGGACAAACGUCUAGGCGAGCCCAACAUGUGUAAGGGGGAGUGGUCCAGUGUGAUGCGCUGUGUGGCGGUCUUCGUAGGAAUCAACCAUGCCAGUGCUAAAAUCGAUUUUGCCAACAACAUGCAGCUGUCUGUAUCCCUGGCAGCGAUGUCCAUUGGCCUGUGGUGGUUGUUUGACCGAUCCAAGAGUGGUUUCGGGCUUGGAGUUGGUAUUGCUGUCCUAGCAACCCUCAUUACGCAGCUUCUAGUCUACCAUGGCGUUUACAGGUACACCAAGGCAGAAUUUCUCUUCAUUAGAUCCUGGCUGCCAUGCAUUGUUUUUUCUGGUGGAGUAACUAUGGGAAAUAUUGGCAGACAGCUAGCAAUAUAUGACGGCCAUGACUCUGAGGAAUCCAAGGUGAAGACAGAUUGAGGGCCUCCUACAAAACCUUGCUUGGAGGAAAAUCGUUCAUUAAAUACCAAAAAUGUAUUCGCCACAUUGUGUUCAACAACAGCUGGCCAUUUGAACUGCUGAUCAAUCAACAGCUGCUUCUACAAGCCAUAAAUCAGCUCGAAUGCUGACUGUAAGCUUAGAUCUGAUUAGUCAACGGUUCUCAUCAUGUGACUUGAGUUUUAUAGCUCAAAUGCCGUAUGUAAGGCUAGGUCCAACUCUGAUUGGUUCCUUGUUCUACGACCAAUUGAUGUUGGUGAACUUUGACAUCUCGGAAAGCCAUGACUAGUUGUUCCAUCUUUUGGAAAAGCACCUGGCCUGUUACUCCUCGCCAAGAAGAGGAAAGGUUUUCAAGAUAAUUCUGAGAUAUUUCAGCAAUUAUUAUUCCUGCACAAACUUAAUUGUGUUCAAAAAGCGUAUGGUAGGAAAGUAGCACAUUUAUGUAAGAUUUUCUGAGGAACACUGAUUUUACGGUUGCAGGAUUUUUCUGUCACCAUGGAAAUUGUUCAAAUGUUCUGAUAUUGCAGAACUUGUACUGCAAAUUCAUUCGUUCAAUAUCUUUAAGUAAAAUGUUAUGCCAGAUUUCAAUUGAUUCUAAUUGACAAAAGAAGAGAUAGAGAUUUUGUUUGGGAGGUGGGGUACAGGGAAGAUAUGUAGGUUAACAUCAUGACAUUAAGUUGGUUAAGUUAAUUGGAUUGUUUGCAAUGAAAGGAUGAUUUGUUGAAGAAAAUUGCACAGUCCGUAGUAUCUUAAUUAUGUUUUGUAUUUCGAAGAAGAAAAAACAACAUUCCAGGUGUCCGUCAAGCCACACUAUGAUAGCACUGACUGUUUUAGUUAUUGUGAUGUGUUAUGCCGAAGUUGGUAUCAACAUUGGGUGUUCACGAUUACAAAAACUUGAUAUUGAGCGAUAAAUGUACAUACCUGCAGAUACUUAACCAGUGUCUAUGCAAUCUGAAUAGUUCUGGAGGGUUAGUGGAAACCAUUUUUUUUGAUUUUGGGAGUCUUGAAUACUCAUCACAGAUACCAAAUCAAAAUUGAUUCCUCACAGUUCCAUAUAAUAUCCAAAAAAAUGAGAAGAUUGCUAUUUUAUUUUGUUUCUUUUUUAAUUAUUAUUUUUGAAACAAAAGUUUCAUGAACUCAAUUACCCUCCUUUUUUGAACAUGAUGCCAUUACUUAUAUCCUGGUGUAAAUGAUGUGACUGAAUAGACAGUAGAUUUUUUUUGUUUUUUUUACACUCUUGUUACAAUAUAUGAAAAAGAUGUUUUCUGAUGUGUCUGAAUGUUUUUGUUAAUGAGAUGUUACAUAUUUAUACCUAAUCGGUAGAAAGUGAAUACAGUGUAAUAUCGAUUGUAAGAACCACAUAGUUGUGUAUGUGUAUGAUUUAAUGUUUUAUUGUCUGAUGGAGAGGUUAUCUCCCUUUGAAUGAAUUGAGAGUAUUUAUAGAUCAUGAAAGUUCAUAAAUAUUAUGGUUGAAUGGCAGCUGAUUUGUGCGUGUUGGUACAAAUGUGACGUAUGUAUGUUUGUAGAAAAAUUGACAUUCACAAUUACUUGUGUAGAUGAUAUUGUGUGGUUCAUAUAUAUGUAGGUAGACGUGAUCAAUUGAAGUUGGACGUUUCUGCUACCUGGCUAUAUGUACAGGAUUAACAUACAAUCUUCAACAUUGUUUAAAUGAGAAACACAUGUAUGUGCGUUUGCAUUUUGUGUGAAUGUGGAGCGCAUGCCUUGCCCUUUCACCCCGAAAGUCACAUUUGAACCUUAUAAAAUCAUAGGCUGGGCAAGUCCAGUUUAGAUAUGUAGGGGUGAAUUAGCUAAUGGUAGUAAAUAUGGAACACAUGUUGAAAAGAGUUGGUGUGUAAAUGUAUGGACUGUAUUUUAAUGGCAGCGAGUAAUUGUGGAACACAUGCUUGCAGUAAAUAUAUGUGUUGUGAAGAGAAUUGUGUAAAUUUGAAUUUCGAACUAUACAUAUUUAAUGCCAGUAUAAAUGAGCAAAUUUGAAGCGUUUUAGCUGUAAAUGUGUUUAUAAAUAUGAUUGUAUAGUCGAUGACACUAAGUUUGUGACGUCCUUGACAUUGAUUAUAAAUCUGUGGUAAGAAUUUGUGUCGGGUAUGUUUACAACAAUCAUGUGUAUUUGCAAUGAUCAUUCUAUUACAAUCAUGUGUACAUAGUUUGAAUGUAACUUAAAAUGUAAGACUUGUGUGUGAAUUAGUCAUUUAUAUUUCUUGAAAACUCAUUUCAGAAUUGUUCUUAUUCUAGUGAUAAUAUUGAGUGUAUCAACCAAAUAAUGAGGCAUAGCGGGUAAUUGGAAUAUACUCAAAUGCUGCAAGUCAGGAAAGUGAGAGAGAAAAAAUGCAGCAACUCUGACAUACAGUGAUGUCUGUUACAUUGUAUGAACUGAUGUCAGCUGUGAAGAAUAUAUGAGCUGUAAAUUUGUGCACACGUCCUAUAUUUGUUAAAAUACCUACAUGCUGAGUUGUGUACAAAUGUUGUUGCACCCUGUCCGAGGGUGAAAUGGAAAUAAAACUGAUAAACAAAGUAAA